GUAAGCUUCUUCCGAGCCGCCGAAACUCUCGCCGGUCUUCUACUUCAUCUUCAUCUUCGUCUUCGUCGAGCGAACGAUCGAACGAGCGAACGAACGGUUGAAUGAAGAACGAACGUAAAUACGGGCUAUUUCGUCUAUCUUACCAUUUGCAUUUGGACUCUUUUUAGUUUUUCUUGUUGUGUUUUUUUGUUUCUUUUUUUGUUGUGUGCUGUUUUUUGUGUAUGUCUUACGUUUCGUUUUCUGGUCCAAAUUGACGUCGCGCUUGCUUUAAGCCGCGGUUGAAAUAAUUACUAAGCCACCAAGAGCCCGCAGUGGAAGUGAAGUGCACCUAGAAGCCAAGACCAAAAGGCAAAAAGAAAGAAAAAUCUCAUUGAAAAGUGAGGGAAAACGGCUAGCAAGUUCUUCGAUUUUCUUGUUUUGUUGCUGUUUGUUUUUUUUUAAACUUUUUUUUCGUCUUUUUUUUUGUGUGUUUGUUAACCACAAAUGCAUACAACAUCAUAUACGCAGUAGAAGGCAAAUAGAAAGCAAGUGACAAGCAUCUUCGCUAAGUGGAAUAUCAUCGAAACUACGCUUUUUUCUAAAGCAUUUAAUGGGCCGAUCAAUAGAGGAAAGCAGCGCAAGAGGAAACGAAGCGGAAUCGCAAGACAAGGAACAAUUUUAAACGCUAACAGGCACAGCAACAGUUGAUGACCCUCAGCGAGAGCGAGAGAGUGAAAAAGGCAGAGAAGCAAGGAAAGGGGAGUGAAAGCACAAAAAAGGAGCACCAAAGCUAUUAAUUUAAAUUGGGGGAUUAUGUGCGCAACAGCCACUACUAAAAGCUCAUGUAUGACAAAUCAAAAAAGUCCUGGAGUCAGCGGCUCAAAACUCUUAGCAGCAGCAACAACAACAGCACCAACAACGACAACGAAAACAACAGCGGACAAAAUUCACAGAACGUUACUUUAGCCACUGCCAGCGGGAUGCAGCAACAACAGCAUCGUCUGCUCCAUCCUCAUCCCCAUUUGACAGCCGCCUAUUGCCAAUUGCCACCGCCCGGGUAUGAGUUUCUGCCCGGCGCCUUGUCGCGUUCCAUGAAAUAUGCUGAGCCCUGGAUCUAUGGCACAGUUCGUGGCAUACCGUUGCGUCCCUCUGGCUAUGGAUAUCAUCAUCAUCAUCAUCAGCAUCAGCAGCAGCAGCCACAUGCGGCAGCCAUUUUUCCACCGGAGACGACAGAGCCGGGCCUGGCAGUUGUGAUCUGUUCGUGCGCUGAGUAUUUGAGUGGAACGAAACGUGAUGUGAAGAAGGCGAGCAUAUGCAAGAAGUGCAAAGGUUCGCGAUUGCCCCUGGCCACUAUUGGCGGAGGUUUAGGCGUCGGAGGUAUGCUAGCUGGUGGCACACUGAGACUAACAGCUGCCACUUGCAGUAGCAGCAGUCGCUCCAUGGCGGCCACCAUGCGAGUGGUGAGCUCAACGAAGAAGUCACGUCCCUCGAUUUUGGAUCCGCAGAAGGAUCCCUAUGACCUGAUGCGACGCACGCGACUGCUGUCACCAGAGCCAGCGGCCAAAAGUGAGUCCACUAAAGAGGGCAUUGGCAAUGGGAAGUCACGUAGCCGCGACAACGCUGGGGAAGGAACUCAACGCGGACGUUCGAGAACACGAGCGCAAUUACCGCCGCUGCCGCUGCCGCUGACAAUGGCCAAGGCUAAGCCAGAACCGGCAGAUUGUUGGCUCACAGAGGACAAUGAAUUGUUGCUGCAAUCAAGCGGUUUCGUUACAAACAGCAACAAUAGCAAGAAUGCCAGAAAUAAUAAUCGCCGUUCCAUAUUGCGGUGUAAUGUCAAUCCUUAUGAACUGAUCUCAGUCGACAGAAAGAUGAAAAACUCCAAUAAUCAUGAUGAUUUCGAUGUGGCUGAUGCACAGUUAAUCGAAGACGAAGAUCAACAGCAGCAGAAGCAACCGAAACAACAACAACAACAACAACAGCAGCAGCUCCAAGAGAGGCAAUUCUAUGGCAACAAUGUGGCAGCCAUUGCCGGGCAAAGGAUAAGCCUCGGCAGUGAUAACCUGAAUAGUGAUCUAGCUGAUUCCAGUGAGAGCUAUGAGCAAAUUAUGAUUGCUGCCACACCAGCAGCGCCAGCAGCAGUCACGCCAAGACGUCCGCCACGCAAUAAAAAAUCAGAUGAGCCAAUUGAAAAUUUUACUCCUCUAGCUGGCCAAGCCACUCCCCUACUGGUAGCUGCUUCAGACAAUGACAUGGAUAAUGACAAGGACAAGGAUAAUGACAAUGACAAUGACAAUGAAAAUGACAGUUCGUCUUUUACAGUGCUUACUGUCACGCCCACCUCGCCUUCCAUCAAGUCCAUUCUGAAGCGUCCAGCAACAUUGGACCUGCCUGGAGUUGGAGCCACUAUCGCCAGUGCAACUAUUGCAACUCUUAUUACAGUGGAGCAGCUUGACAUUGAUAUAGCCACAGCUUCUUCAACAGCAGCAACACCAUUGCUGACGCCGUCGGGUAAAUCACAAUUCUAUAUACCAACGCCAACUGCCACGCCCACUAGCCUAUACAGCAACACAUCGACACCAACAUCCUCAGCAUCCACAUCAAAUUCGCGCAAAAAAGUGCAAUUUAUGGUCGAGGACAAAAUCAUAGCACCGAACACGAUAGCAGCAGCAACACAAUUGCUAACGUCGUCUGAGACAAGGACCACCAACACAGAGACAUCGGCAACAACACUAGCACCAUCAACGGCAGCAGCAGCAGCGGCAGCAGCAGCACCAACAACAAAUCGCGAUUAUGAUGAUGAUGACGAGCGCAACGACAAGGAUGAGACCAAGAAGAGCAACAGCAGCAGCAGCAGCAGCAGCAGCAACAACAACUACAGGAACAUCAAGGAGAAACCGAAGCAAAAGGAGGAGAAAGAAAAGGAAAAGGAGAAGGAGAGAGAAAGAAAGGAGGACGGUAAUGCCAGGCCGCGGGCAAACCAAAAGCGAGCACAACAAACGACACAAUCACAAUCGCGAAAUCCCAUCAGACGGGCGCAUAGCGAACGGCAUUUGUCCAACUCGAAGACAGCAGCAACAGCAACAGCAACAGCAACAUCCACAUCGCAGCAUCAUUCUAGCCACCAGGCCAACAGUAACAGCCACAGCAACAACAACACUCGGAACAAUGGCCCACCGAAUGUCAUUUUAAAUUUUAAGGACACGAUGGCAUUGCGCAUAAAAAGCAACCGCAACGACUCGAGAGAUUUAUUUCAAAGGCGACCCACAGAACCGCCACCGCCGCCGCCUACGACAACGACAAUGACAACGACAACGGUAAAGACUUCAGCAGCAGCAGCAGCAGAAACUCGUCAACAGCAUCCUAGGACUGUGGUCCGAGUGGCUCCCUUUAACAAAAAUCAGCAAAAUGGUGAAGUGCAUCGCUUAAAAAUCUCACACAGCGAGGAGGAGGAAUCGGUAGUGUUACGUCAUAAGGCCGCUACUAGCAACAACAACAACAACAACAACAGCAAUAACAGCAGCAACAACAUCGCCUCAAGGCCUCUUGACGAGGAAGACAAGAAGACAUCGAUUUUAAUUAAUGGCGAUGAUUGCUAUUCCACAAUGAAUCUAAGCGCUGAUGCUGCUCAACCUCUCUACCAAUCCUCAGUUGUGGUCAAUAGCCACUCUACGGCAAUCGGAGGGUCCGUGUGCAUCAAUGUUAGUUCUCUCGCCAAGCAGGAGGAGCAAUUGAAUCAGUUAAAUAUGCUUAAUAGCCAGCAAAUGGCCGCCAUCGCCGUUAUACCCAUUAAAUCCUCCGAAGUCAAUCUACAGCGAUCCGUUUCUUGUAUAUCCUCGACAUCGAGCAGUUCUACAUCAUCCAGUUGCAGCUCCAGUGGGCGCGGUCGCACUCUUAUACGGUUUGACUAUGACAAGGAGCAGAAGAAGUCUCUUGGCAAGGGAAUGCCGGUAGUGGGGGCAGCUUUUAGCUCAACGGCAAUUAAUAUGGCGCCAGCAAUUAGCUCUACACCACCAACUCCACCACCUCCCCCACUGUCACCGCCCCUUACUUCGCCGGCGUCUUCUUCAGCGGCACAACCAUCACCAUCACCAUCACCGUCAACAUCAUCCUCUCUGUUGGUGCCACAUGAAACGGAACUCUUGAAAAUACUACGUAAUCCCGUGGAAGCCGUCAAACGCAACCUUGUCCCCCACGUCUGUGGUCUGAAUGAAGUAAAGAAGCCAAAGGACACAUUGAAUCGUAGUUUCAUGUCCAAAUUGUUGGAGGAUCCCAUAAUGGGACAGGUGGCCGAUGGUUUGGACCAGGACACAGUCGCCGAACUUAUCGAGAACUCCUUGCAAAGGCUCCAGCAAAGUCGCCGGGCCAUCGAUAUGAGUGGAACCAAAGAUCAUGAUGAUAUGAAUCGUUUGAUAAGCAUUUCUCUAAAGCGCAUACGCCAGGAGCGGCAGUCACCAACAGCUACUUUAGCAGCAUCCGUAGUACCAGCAGCUACUACCAAAGAGGAGGAUGACCGUCUGUCCCAGAGAGGCAGCAUCAGUUCCGCCAAUAGCUUCGCCUCGGCCCAUAAUUAUGAGCUCUUCGAUUUCGAGGCAAAUUCGAAUAUUGAAUCCGAUUGCUAUCAGAGUUGUUCCAGUGUGAUUGGAGAGGAGUUGGAAGAGCGCAAGGAGCACAAUGAGGUGGAGGACGUGGCCACUCGGGCCAAGUUUUAUCAGCUCUUAGUAGAUGCCACUCUGGCCGAGAUUGAGCUAUCCACCCAUGCAGUUGAAGAAGCAGAACAUCAUUAUGAGUCGAUUCGGCAAAAUGGUGAUCCCAUCUAUGAAGAGAUCCACGAGAAGCCACCACCCUUACCUCUUACAGCCCCGCCCCUAAAUGAAGACGAACUGACGACGAUGGAGAAGAAGUGCACUCGAUCUAUAUUUGAGGGAGCCUCAAAAUAUGAUAUACUCUCUUAUCUGGUAGAUGCCAAGGAGCGCGGCUUGGCACGCGAGGAAAGUUUUGACUAUAGCAACAAUCCGAAGAUUAUUGAAGAGGAAGCCACUGAUACACUCAGUGAGCUGGACAAGAGAGCAUCGCCCUUGGAAGACGGUAGUCAGUUUAACCUGAAUUCCCUCUCACCGCCUCCGCAUACCUUUAUAUGUGGCAAAUCAAAUGGAGGCAGCAGCGAUGUAGAGCGUCAAGAUUCGGGUGUCGGUUCCGAAACGAGCAAAUCGUCUCGCAGCAAAUAUCAGGCAACUCCCGCAGUACUCCAUCUAUGCGAGGACUGUGAUGGCCCAGUGGAAACUCAGAUGAGCGAGACCGGUGUAUUGUUUGCCCCUCUCGUGUGCCGCAAAUGUGGCAAAAAGCGUGUGGAGCGCAAAGAGAUCAUCACUGAGAUCGUGGAGACCGAAGAGAAAUACGGAAGGGAUCUGCAAAUUAUUCUGGAGGAGUUCUGCCAUCCCAUGCUUGUCGCCGGCCUUUUAAAUCAAGAGCAACUCUCCGCAAUCUUCCUUAAUACGGAAGACCUGCUUGAGAACAAUCAUUUGCUGGCCGACAGAAUGAGGGAUGCUUUGGACAUUGCCUUGGAGCAGGGCGACGAUGACCUUCUCACUGUCAACAUUGGACGCAUUUUCCUCGACUUCACCCAGAUGUUGCAUGCCUUUGAGAGUUACUGCGUACGACAGGCGGGUGCCAGCCUUUUGCUGGCCAACUUGGAAAAGGAAAAGGAACUAUUACGCAUAUUUUUAAAGGUGUCUCAGAUGGAGAAUGCUGUCCUACGUCGCAUGAAUCUCAACUCCUUUUUGAUGGUGCCCGUUCAGCGUGUCACCAAAUAUCCUUUACUGUUGGCUCGACUCUUUAAGGUCACACCAUCGCAUCUGGAUGGACGUGAGCUGCUCAAACAGGCACAGGAGAAAAUUGAAUUGCAUUUGAAUCACAUCAAUCAGGAGGCCAAGGAUGUACCCACGAAGCUUUGGCGCCGCAUCAGCUCCUCCAGCCCCAACCGACGGGCCUCAUGCGAAAUUGAUAUGAUAAACAUCAAGCUGCGUAAAAUGGCCAUCGACAUACUCGAAUGGAAUCACGAUGAGGUCCGCUUUGCCAUGGAGGGCAAACUUCUAUACACCCAGCCCACCGACAGCAAUUGGAAGAAGGCGCGCACCAUCAAACUUACGCCCGUCAAUGCCCUCCUAGUGACCAAUGGCAAGCCAAGUGCCAAUUAUAGGGCAGAGAAGGCCAUGUCGGAUAAGCUAAAUUUCCCAAAGCACACGGGCAUACGAGAGGCCUCUUUGCUAAUGGUUAAGGAGAAGUGCGGACGAUAUACACUGAUACGAGAGCCAUUGUAUCUGGACAGAUGUGUUGUGUGCAGCGAAGCGGAUUGGGAUGAUUAUUUCGAAGUACAGGAAAUUUCAUCGAAGGACACAUUCAUAUUCAAAGCUGAGGAUGGUGUGCGAACAAAACAAUGGUACACACAGCUGCAAUAUCAUGCCCAGGGCAUGGGGGCGUGGCGUAAGCGUCGAAACGCAUUAGCCAACAUCAUGAUCAAUGGAAUGCUGGCGCGUAGCUAAAGGAUAAUUGAACAGCAGAGACCAACCAGAGCAACCCGGCCAGACAAGAGCAAAUUCACCAAUUGCAUUUCGUUCAACAAAAAAGGCAAUUUAAUAAUUAUAAUUUAAGUGAUAUAUAACCCUAUACACAUACACGCACAGACACAGACACAGACGCAUAAUGCUAGUUAGUGUUUACAUAUUUACCUUUAUAUACCUACAUACAUAAAAUAUAUCUAUAAAAAAAACUAU